AUGGAGAAAGGUGGAUUGAUUGCGCCAAAAAACCUCAAAUGGGUAUCCUUGGUCGUCCUGAUAUUGCAGACCACAGCGUUGGUAUUAGUUUUACGCUAUUCACGUACCCAGAAGACCGAAGGUCCGCGUUAUUUGUCGUCAACGGCUGUAGUCACUGCUGAAGUUGUUAAGCUUUUCACGUGUAUAUUUGUGCUUGCUGCUCAGCAUAAUUGGAAUGUGGCUGGUUUUUAUACGGAAAUUCAUAAUGAUAUUAUUGUUAAAUCUCGAGAAACCUUCAAAGUUGGAGUUCCAGCUUUGCUUUAUGUUAUUCAGAAUAAUUUACUUUUUUACGCACUUUCUAGGCUAGAUGCGGCAACUUAUCAGGUUACGUAUCAGCUGAAAAUUUUAACAACAGCGCUUUUUUCUGUCACGUUAUUAUCUAGAAAACUAAAUCUUUUAAAAUGGGUAUCGUUACUCUUGCUAACCGGUGGAGUUGCACUUGUGCAGUUGCCUGGUGACCAAAAAAAGCCAUCUUCUGGAUUCGGGGAUUCCGUUGUCAACUCUGAUCGUGUUUUGGGGUUUUUAGCAGUAUUGGCGGCAUGUUUUUCUAGCGGUUUUGCUGGGGUUUACUUCGAAAAAAUUUUAAAGGGUACUCCUGUGUCACUGUGGAUGAGAAACAUUCAGCUCGCAUUCUUUAGUGUUUUUGGAGGUCUUUUUAUGGUAUGGUUAUAUGAUUCAGACAAGGUGGCGAAGAACGGAUUUUUUGCAGGAUAUAAUACUAUAAUUUGGAUUGUGGUAUUACUACAGGCAUAUGGAGGUCUUCUAAUUGCUUUAGUAGUGAAAUAUGCCGAUAACAUACUGAAAGGCUUUGCUGUUUCUUUAUCUAUAAUACUCUCCAGUUUCAUAUCUUACUGGUUCCUCAAUGAUUUCCAACCGACUUUAACCUUUUUUGUUGGAGCAACAAUCGUUAUCGGUUCAACGUUUAUGUAUGGAUACGAACCAAAAGACGUUGUUCGUCCUACGAAACCAUAG